GUUGAUUAUAUAACAAGGCCAUUCAAACAAGUGACUGUUUGGUUUCAUCAGUUGCUUUCAAUUGGUCCAAUGUUGAUGAAUGGUGUUGUUUUGUUUAUUACUGUUCUAUAAGUAUCAACUUGUUUUGGCAAAUCGCAUUAGAGUGAUGGUGAUACUGCAGUUCAAACAAUGAAAAUAUUCAUUGUUAUGUUAAGUUUAAUUUUGGUGCCUGUCAAAACACAACAUGUUAAGUCAAGAAGGGAGGUAAAUUUUUGGAACCACAGAGAAAACAAGGCAAUGUGGAAUUCUCCACCCUUGUAUUAACAGGGCAAUACAUCGACAAGUCUCUUCUAGUAAACGAGUUUUUCGAGAAUCGGGACGAUUACAUUAUAUACGUGACCGCUCCAAGUGGAUUUGGCAAGAGCGUGAAUAUUGAAAUGUUGAAAUCCUUCCUAGAAAUACAAGUUGAUAAGAACGGAACAGAGAUAACCAACAAAAGUACGACGAACAACUUUAAGCUCUUCACAGGAUUGAAGAUAUUCCAGCAGCAUCCACAGCUAUUCAAUUGGACAUUCGGUUUGUAUCCGGUGGUGACAAUCGAUUAUCAGCUACUUUCUACAGCCUCAUAUUAUGAGGACAUGGUUGGAGCUAUGAGGUUAAUUUUGGGGAACACGUUCAAAAACCAUGAAUACCUCGCACACGUCGAUAACCUGUGGGGACUUUCCUGUGACAUUGAUACGUUUAUUGAAUACCUGGACACAGAAAAUUACCCAACGUUGAGUGAAGUUAAAAUAAAAACCGGGUUUCUAUAUCUGUGCAAGAUUUUAUUCACCUACUUCAAAAGGAAAGUCGUGGUUCUGAUCGACCAGUAUGAUUCUUUCGUGAACAGUAUUGUGUUCGAACAUAACACUGCGGGAAAAGCUUUCAAUUUGUUUCAGUACAUCAAUGGAGAUCUGUUCAUGGGCGGUAGGAGUUACAUACAGCGAAUUUUCUGCACGGGAACUUUGCAAGUGGUGUUCGGUGGGCUAUUGCCGGUGGAUCAGGACCUACAGUGUUAUCCUUUCCUUCAUAAACACCAAUGGAACUCCUUCUUCGGUUUGACUAGUGAAGACGUGGACCUCCUGCUGGAGGAAAAAUAUGAUACUGAACGUGACUUUGAUAUAAAAAAUAUGAAAGAUCAUAUAAGAAAAUAUUACGGAGGAUACAAAUUAAUUGGAAACGCAACCGAUAUUUACAAAAUUCAACCCGUUAUUAAUUGUGCAUCAGUUAAAAAAUAUGACACUGUGGUAAAUGAUAAUUCGACUGACCAUAUUUAUGAUUUUCUAUCAAGUGUUCUUAAAUACAAAAAAGUAAAAGAGUGUUUCAUAAAACUACUGCAAGAUGAGAAUGAGAUUUCAAUUGAAAACGAUUUGGCUCUAUCAGAAAAUGAUUUUGUGACAUUGCAGAAAAUGUUCAGUUUGAAAGAAUACAAAAUUACUAGCAACCAUUUGUUAGUAAUCUUAAAAUAUCUUCUUCAGAUAGGAAUCCUAUCUUAUAAAACCCAUAGUGCAAGUGAGUACGUUCUUAGUUUACCAAAUUCAGAGGUAAAAUUGAAAUUGAAGAGUUGCAUAACUGAGUCUAAAACGUAUACAAAAUAAUUAUUGGCAUUCGAUACAGGUAUGUAAUUAAAUAACAAUGUUUAACUUUUGCCAUAGACUUAUUUCACUGUUUGUUAUCCAAUAUUCUAUACUGUAUUAUGACGUUCCUGUUAAAUAACCUUGAUUAGUAUCCACAUAGGUACAAAAAAUGUCUGAAAAUGAAAAACAAGCAAAUGCCACACAAAAAAUGCAAUACACUUAUACUUUGUUUCCAAUCAAUCAAUUAUAUUAUAUUGUACAUGAAAUGUAAAAUACUAAUGUAGGAUAUUAGAUGUCUCAUAAGUAUUCUGGGUUAACUAUCUUUGUAGAUUCAAUUUAUGAUCUGUAUUCAAUUUUUCUUCUUUCAAUUUCCUCUUUAUUUUUUAUUUUGUUGUUAUUUAUUUCUUCUUGUUAUUGUAUUUCAUCAUACAUAAUACAAGUAACAUAUCUUGUAUUGUAAUUACGACAUACGGCUGUUCAAUAAAUCAUAUUUAUCACCAAAUUUGACUGUUUGUAGUGGGUAACAUCAUUAAUAUGAUUGAAGAUAUACAUUUUAAAUAUUGGACUAAUUACCAGUAUCAUCAUAUUACAGUUACACCUUAUUUAGUUCAUAUCAGCAUCUUGUUAGUAUUCUUACUUGUUCAUCGAAUACUUUUGUAGUUUGUUAAUAUGUAACUAAAAUUAUAUUUUCUGUUUUGCUAUUUCAUAUUUUACACUAUAGUUUUAUAAAUAGCUUAAACGAAGAAGAUUGAAACAUAAAUAACUAGUAACCUGUGAUAAAGAAAUUCAUAUUAAACACUUUUGAUCUUAUUGAUUGUUAAUAAUCGGCUACGCUCACUGCAUAAGCCUAUAUGUAUUAUUGACAGUUCCGGUUUAACACCGAAGAAUACAGCGGUGUCUAAAUAGUAGUUCAGAAAUUUAAUUAUUUUAGCAAUGUUACAACUUAAUUUUUAUAUCUUAUUUAAAUAUAUGCACAUUAAUGGUUUUACGACAAAUAAACAGGAGAGUUUCACAAAAAUACUAAACUACGGCUAAUUAAAUCUAGUUUUUAAUGUGAAUGUAUGCAAUUUCUCAUUCAUAAUUGUAGAAAUUUUACUUAAAAAAAAAACUUAAAUUUAUUCUCCCUUCAUUCUCCCGUGUGCAUUAAAGCAUCAGCUACGUUUCAGUCUGCAUUUCACGCAAUAUUUCUUGUAGCGGAGCUUGCAUUUCAUUCUUAAUUUUAAGUUUAAUACAUCUGUAUCCAAUGUUUUCAGCAUACAAUACGCGUAAAACAUCCAUAAGCAUCUUAUAGUUUCAUUUUUGGAAAUUUGUGAAAUCAUAAAAAUGUUUUCUUACCCACUGCUUUGGGCAGUGUUAUCAGACGUCUCGAGCAGGUUGGAAUCUAUUAGAGUAAAAUCUGCAAACAUUCUAAAUUACAAAGCUAUACAUUAUUUUUCUUAAUAGAGUAGAGUAAUAGAACAGAAGGGCAUUAGGCAAACCAGGGUUAUGGACGAAAUACUGCAACACCAUUAGUUUUUAUGAAAUUUGAUUGCAUACUGACGAUGUUGAGCAACAAAAUUAAUAAGUAGCAUCUAAAUUUACUUAUGUGUAAAAUAACAUUAUGGCUACAAUUUGUUACGAAGUAUAAUGUGUAUAAUUGUGAUUUUUUCUUUAUUUCCCACAUAUUUAAGCCCCAUAUUUCUUUAGUCAGCACCUUACGCUCUGUAUUAAAAUCUAAAACACAAUAAUAAAUCAAG